AUGCCCGAAGCCGUGUGCACGCCCGCACCAUCGACAACCGACGUGGGGCCGGUGGUGGUGCCUGAUCUCGAGUCGUUCCCGCCGACUGGCGUGCCGAAGCACACCAAGCUGGGUUCGUGGGAGUUUUACCGCUCCAUCGGCUCGCCCAAGCGCGUGGUGGCGCCCAUGGUGGACCAGUCGGAGCUUGCAUGGCGUGUGCUGAGCCGUCGCUACGGCGCCGACCUCGUCUACACGCCCAUGAUCAAUGCCAAGCUGUUUGUGGACGAAAACAGCAAGAAGAAAAAAGUAAAGUACCAGGAAGUCAACUUCAACCGCGAGUUCGGCGAAGAAGGUGCUUCGUCCAUCUCGUCUCUCCUCUCCGAAGAGGGAGCAUCGAGCGAUACGGAUCGGCCAUUGUUCGUGCAGUUUUGUUCGAACGAUCCAGCGACGCUGCUCAAGGCGGCCGAGGUGGUGCAGGACCGAUGCGACGCCGUGGACCUUAACCUCGGCUGUCCACAGCACAUCGCACGACGCGGCCACUACGGUUCGUACCUCAUGGAGGACUGGCAGCUCAUCUUUGCGCUCAUCAAUAUCCUCCAUCUCAAUCUGCGCAUUCCGGUCACCGCCAAGAUGCGCGUGUACGAGACGGUGGACAAGACGGUUGCGUACGCUAGGAUGCUCGAACGCGCCGGUGCGCAGAUCAUCACGGUGCACGGCAGAACACGAAGCAUGAAGGGCCACCACACCGGUUUAGCUGACUGGGCCAAGAUCCGCGCAGUUAAAGAGGCGGUGGGUGUACCGGUGUUUGCCAACGGUAAUGUGCUGUACCCGCAGGACUGGCAGGACGCACUGGAGCAGACUCGUGCGGAUGGCGUGAUGAGUGCCGAGGGUAAUCUGUACAACCCGGCGGUGUUUAUGUCCUCGCUGCCCACGGAGCCGAGUGCGAUGUUUCCCAACGCACCGCAGUUGCCGUUCCCUUCGCUGGCGCGAAUGGCACACGAGUAUCUCGACAUUGUGACGCAGCUGCGCACGCCGACGUCGAGCAGCGCGAUCAAGGCGCACCUUUUCCAUCUCUGUCGUCCCGGCCUCGAGGUGCACCGCGACCUUCGCGAGUCCCUGGGCAAAUCUCGCUACGAUCACACAGCCACGGGCGAAGCGCGCAUCGCAACCUACCGCGCCUUUGUCACCGAGCUCGAACGCCGUCUCAACCUGGACCGGGCUGAAGACAAGUGGAACGCACCCCAGGAUCCACCGUUGCCGGGGUCGGUAUCGUUCUUGACGCCGCCCGAUGCGAGCAACCCGGACGUCCAUCGACCGGCGUUCAUCCCGCAUUGGCUGGCACAGCCGUACUUCCGCCCACCGCUCGUGACCGAUGAGCAACAGGACGAUGACGCCAAAAAGGCGCGCAGGGAGAGGGUCGCUGAAACCGCACAGGGCAAGGUCAAGGCCGAAGCGAAGACGGCGAGGCAGAGGAGCGAGAGUGCAGAGCCUGCGCAGGGCGACGAGAAGCGUCCGCGCACCACGCUGCCCCACGACACAGCACCACCCCAGCCCAUGCCAGCACUGUAG